AUGAAGUUCAAGUGGCAUAAAGCAUUAGCAGACUCAUAUUCCUGCUUAAGCGGAAAAAUGAGUAUUUGCUUCAAUGAUGAGACUUUUUCGCGGAAUUUCCUUGCACAAUCUUUGUCUGGACGAGAUUUGCUGCAACAAAUGUAUAAUUUACAAUCACAAGAAGAACAAAAAGGUUUUAAUGUUGAAUAA